AUGGCGCGAAUCGACGGGCGGCCUUGGGUGGCCAAGUACGCGGACCGCCUGUACGGCGUGGAUGCGCAAUAUGAGGCGGCGUGCAAAUGGCUGGACAGGCUGGAGGAUCCCGACGACGUCGAGUGUGAGCGCAUGCUCAUCCUCGCCGGCCCUCCCGGCUCCGGCAAGACGGCCCUGGCCGCGAAGGUCCUGCGGGAGCACGGCUUCUCAGUGCUCGAGAGGAACGCGAACGACAACCGCACGAAGUCGGCCCUUUGCGAGGACAUCCUCAGGACGGCCACAUCCGCCUUCGCCUUCCGCAGGCAGGCCAUCCUCAUAGAGGGGGUGGACGCCAUCGCCGUGACCGCCACGAACUGCGGGCUGGACGUGCUGAUCGAUCUGGCGACGGAGCACCGGAACCCGUGGAACGUCGUGCCGCUGGUGUGCACCAUGGACACGGCGAAGACGCGGGGCAGGCUGUCGGAGCUCACGAAGAGGUCGCAGGUGCUCGUGCUGCCGGGCCUCGAUGCGGCGAAGCUGUCGGAGCUCGCCGCGUACGUGCUGAGGGAGGAGGGCAAGACGUUCGACUCGGAGCGCCUGCGGCGCAUGUGCACGCGCGCGAAGGGGGACGCGAGGUGGCUGCUCACGGCCCUCGAGUUCGAAUACGGCGGCGGUGAGCCCUCCGCAUCGGGGUGCGCUUCCGAGGCGGACCGCCGCAGGACGGACGACGUGGGGGCCGCCCGCAAGAUCCUGUACGAGGCGGAGUGCACGCGGGACGUCGAAGAGGCGCUGGUGGAGGACGAGGGAUACGCCCUCGCGUCCCUCGUACAGGAGAACUACCCCCUCGCUUGCGGGGACGACAUGGACGUCGCCUCGGCGGUCGCGGACUGCAUGGUUGAUGAGGACGCGCUGGAGACCUUCGUGCACGCCACCCAGAGCUGGGAAUUCCUGCCGGUCACGCUCUCGGCGGGCAUGCACCGGGCGAGCUCCUACCUGUGGCGGGCCAGGAGGACCGCGGGCUCCACCCACAGAGACGCCUCGCUCGCGGUGAGCGCGGACCCGUCCCGACGCAAGGGAAGGAGCCGGCGGGCGGAGAGGAAGACCGGGUGGGGGGUCGUGAACCCCUCGCUGGCCUGGAGCAAAGCGUCGUACGCCGCCGCCCAGAUGAAGAAGCUGGUCGGCAUCGCGAGCGCCCUGCGCACGGAGACCGGCGUGGGCAUGAGCGUGGGCCUCGAGUGGCUAACCUCCUUCUGCGCGAUCGCGACCGAGGCGGCGGAGCGAGCGGCGGAAGGGCGCGCCAUGGACGAGCUGGCCGCCCUGGUGGCUGGGUACGGGAUGCGAGCGCGACACGUGGAGGACAUCAUGAGGCUGUGUGCCCCGUUGACCCGGACCCUCCGACUCAAGCGGCCCGACGCGAGGAGGCUUAAGGAACUGUGCGGCGACGACUACGACGAACAGGAUUCCGGGAGCGAGUCGGGAUCGGACGCCUCGCGCGGCUCCGAGGACAGUGAGGAGGACCCCGAGUACGUGCCGGGCAUGAAGACCGCAUCGGAGACGGACGCAGAAGAGGACGACGAGGACGACGAGGUCGAAGAGGAGAGAGAUGAUGACUACGAGAUCAUCGAUCCGGUGGAUGACCCAGACGCAGGGUAG